AUGGUUCAAGUGAUGCAAGAAGUUAGCCGCAUGCUUCUUGGGAUGAAUUGUGGAAGACCACUUGAAAUCAUUAGUCUCCCAGAUCCUGCCAAAGCUCUAUCUUCAAAAUAUGAUUUCGACCUUCAGGUUGCUAUUGGUGGCGUUGACAGCGACCAUAAGAGAUGGAAAAUAAGAGAGAAGAGAAAUGGGAAAGGAAAGAGAAGCUACAUUUACAUUGGAGAAGGGAGACUGUGA